AUGGCAGAUUCCACUGCCCCUGCAGAGGUGCAGCAAGUCUAUGGGCCCGACAUCAAUGGGGCUCAUGAAGAUUUUGGCGAGAAGUUGUUGCAAGCAGCACAAGACGGCGAUGCUCAGGAAUUGAUUCGCUGUCUUAAAGCGGGGGCAGACAUCAAUGCGUUGGACGAAUCCCGUUGCACUGUCCUCCACAAAGCAGCACUGUACGGAAGAACAGAACUGACACGCAUUCUACUGGCCCGGAAUGAUCUCGAUGUCAAUGCGCAGGACGAAGAUGGGGAGACGGCCCUAUACCAAGCCACUGUAAGGAAAGAAGAAGCUAUCAUAGAGCUGCUGUUGAAGGCUGGUGCAACAAUCACAAUCGAAACCACGACGGGAGACACAGCUCUCCACCAAGCAGCAUCAGAAAACUACCUACAAGGUGUCGAGCUUCUACUUGGAAAGGGAAAGACAGCGACUAUCAAGACCAGCAAGGAAGAGACGGCUCUGCUUGUGAAUGAUAUAAAUGGUCGGGGAGACUCAGUUCUACAUGUAGCCGCUCGACAUGGCAGCGAAGACGUCGUCAAGCUUCUUCUCAAGUGCGAAGUCGAUACGACAGCCUUGGACAAGGGUCAAAAAACAGCAUUAUACAGGGCCUUUGAAAGCGAAGAGAUCUACGUUGUCAAGCUCUUACCUCCCCAGGAUGACUUACUCAAGUCCUUAGAUACCAACGAGAUGAUACAACUAGCACAUGCGACCUACAGCGGGCAUUUGUCACUGGUGCGGGAGUUGAUGAGCAAAGUAGAAUCUAAGGACAUGAUUCUCUUGCACUGGGCAGCAGCCGGAGGACAGCGGAAGGUUGCAGAGUUGUUACUUGAAAAGGGCUCUCGUGUCUCCAGCCUAUAUCAAUGUGGCACACCCUUACAUUUUGCCGCCAUAGCUGGGGAAGAAGAGGUUUCACGGCUCCUUCUCGACAACGGUGCCGAUGUCAACGCGAAUGAUCAAUAUGGCAUGACGCCCCUUCACUGGGCUGCCGAAGGAGGCUCCACAGAGGUUGUCAAGCUGCUGUUGCAGGGGCAGCGUGUCGCCAUGAUUGAUUCAGUGUCAGCCGAUGGACAAACGGCAUUACAUUGGGCCACAGAAAUGGGAAAAAGGCGUGUCGUUGAGCAUCUAUUGGAGGAGGGUGCGGAUUUCGAGUGGAGGAAUGAGGAUGGAUGUACGCCUUUACACUUGGCCAGCGUUCAAGGUCAUGCAGAGUUGAUAGAUAUCCUGAUUGAAAAGGGUGCAAACUCCGAAGCAAAACAACGAAAUGGGGGAACGCCAUUGCACCUGGCUGCUUAUAACAACAGAACGGACGCCAUCAGAAAACUACUGGAUCACAAAGUUGUCAGCAAUGCCAGGGACGACGACGAUUGGACUGUCUUACACUGGGCUGCAGACAAAGGAAGCAAAGAUGCAAUGGAAUUAUUAUUAUUAUCAUUAAAGAAAGAAAUCACAGAGAUGAUUGCGGCCGAGAACAAGGACGGGAAUACAGCCUUACACCAUGCUUGUGCAGAGGGUCAUUUUGAGGUGGUGAAACUCCUCUUGGAUAAAAUGAAAAAUACGAUCACUGCCCAGGUCGACCGCAACAAAUACGCGCUUGCUGCUGCUGCAAGGAGCGGCGCAGUAGAUGUGGUGCAGCUUCUAGUUGACUGGGAGGCAAAUUUGAUAUCUACUGGAUCCGGGGAAGAAAGGAACAUGUUCUCCAUGACAGAGGAGCAGGCCAAGUCAGUUGGAGACAUAUUGUGGAUGAAUGGAAGUCACUGGGAAAGAUCGCCCAGUUCAGCACGCUGUUCGUUGCAAUGGGCAGCUCGAAAAGGAGAUCAAUGUCUAUUGGAGAGCGUCCUAUCUAUUGAUCCCACUCUUUUGAGGAGUGGUAUCCCGGACGACGUAACACGCGCAACACCCUUGUACUGGUCUGCAUUUGGCGGUCAAGAAAAGCUUGCGAAAUUAUUGGCAGAGAAAUUGAUGGGAAAUCCCAGAAGAAAGGUGCUCCCGGAGGAAGAUGGACUCAAAGCGCUCCAAAUUGCUGUGAGGAAGGGAUACAACACCAUCGCUCAGGAUCUGUUGGAGAAAAUGUCAGAUGAGCCAGGUGAAGAGACGAACAGAUGGACUCCGCUUCACUGGGCAGUUCACUGGGCAGUACAGACUCAAGAAAAAAGCAUUGUUCAGGACAUGCUGCGCAGUGGUGCUAAACCCGAGGAGAGAAUCGAGAACGGGAUGUCGGCUCUUAAGCUCGCUGAGAAGUUGCGCGCCAAAGUGAUCCAGACGCUUCUUGAGAAUCCUUUACGGUUUCCUCGAAAGCCGCCUCCUCUGAAACUUCCAGACUCUCCAGGAGAGGGGCCGACAGAUGUCUGCAACACCUUUACUGCGAAUAUCGUCGAUUUUUCUCUCUCCGAGGGAACAGACACCACCCUUCCAAUCCAGAAAAGCGUCUACGACAUCAUAUACGGGAGUGGACCAGAAAAGAUAAUGGAGGAAAUUCGGCGGAGUUGGGAUAUCAAGCAGCUUGAACACCAAUUCAGGUGGAUACAUCUUCCAGCAAACAAUUGGCGUUGGCUUAAGGACCUUGUGCAAAGAAUCUCUAAAGACGCGAAUAAAACAGCCGAGGAGUAUGCUCGAGUGGAAAACUUCAUAUCAGAGAACCGUCGCGAUGGUGAACAUCUGGGAGAUGCACAUUGCCGAUUUAUGAACACUGGCGUGCGCGUGAGAUACUUUACCAUCCCCAUUGCUUCGAGUCUAUCUAAAUCAUUGACUAUGUUUCAGUUUCAUCAGAUUGAUUUUACCUCUAGUAAAGAGGCAAGCAGCAUCUCCACGGAUCGGAGACAACAGACGGCGUCAAAGACAGAUGCGCCAAUCAAGAGGUCAGAACUCCCUACUCAGGAGGAACCAAACAAGCAGAAAAAAUCAAAUCUUCCUGGACCAGAACAUCAGGAGAAACGCCCCCCGAAACCCUCGGAAAACAAACAGGGCGACCUCGAAGGCACUGCCACCGCGACUGAGCACGUCGAAAAUGUUGGGUCACAAAUGUCUCGUGCCAACGCCCCCCCCUCUAACGCCACCGAACCAAGGCCCAGGGCAGGUGGAACGGGUAAUGGCGUAGUCCCCAGCGCAUCGAACGGACCAGGCAAAGGCGAGACCAACCCUGAGCAGAAGAAGCCCACCAUGGCCGCGAAAGCAGGGCAAAGCGUCGAGACGACCAAAAAAAGGGACAAAGAUAGAGUGUACGACACUAGAGGAAUGACUGGCCUGAAGGGAUCCAAAAUGGCCAUCUGGGUAAAUCGAAUCCAGAGCAAUGGCCAAAGACACUGGCGAAAUGCUAUUAGAAUGGUCCAGCAGGUGCAACAAGGUCCGGACGACUUCAAUGUUAUCAAAAAAGACAUAUUGGGCUCAAGCAUCAAUGAAGCCUUGGCACAGGUCGAGAAGGAGAAAGUCAGCCCUGGGAGGGUUAACUUCCUUUUGGACAGCUCUUGCUGCAGGACACUAUCGGCGAUCGAAGAAGUUAUUAAAACCAUUCGCGAAAAGACUGACAACGAUAGCCGCGCCAACCUCGAUGAUGAACCGAAAACCCUUGAAAGAGCCAUCGAACAACUGCGAGAGUCUACCCCAUCUCCUUCUCUGUCGGUCUUCAGAUGUCUUGAGGAUCUACAAGAGGCCGUGGAAAUCUACUCUGGAAAGCUCGAGACCAGCAAGGAGACUCAACUUCUACGAUAUUAUUUGGGUUUGUCGCCGAGGGACGAUGUCACAACUCAUCAUCUCCACGUGUCUCGGACCUUGGAUCAAUAUCACUACUCUUCAUUGCCGGACACAAGAAGACGCGACGCGGAUCAAGUGGUGCGACGCUAUCAAAAUGCCAAAUGCAGGGGGCGGCGAAGCGACGAGAAUCAACUUGACAACCAGAACGAACACAACCAGAAUGUCAACUUUUUCCGGCGCAUUCUUGACUUGCUGCGGUUAAAAUCUUCAGCCUCUGAUGGAAAAAAUACUGGAUCGGAUAUCGCCCCGCCUCCUCCAACUGGCAAACCAGAUAUGGACAGUCGAGAUUUUCGAAUGUGCAUGGUAGACCAGCUAUGGCUCUGGAUCAUUGACGACAAUCGAUGGGACCCAAAUCCAGAGGCAGGCGAAAGGGCAGAAUCUGCGACAGAAAAUGGUGAGGACCGCUUGAUUCACAGAAUAAGCAAGCACAUCAGCGAAGACAUAAGACCGCAAACUCGAACCGUAUAUGAAAUGGCAGCUUUAAUAACGUCGUUUUGUACGGAUUUCGUGGAUCAAUGCAAGGUCAAGGCUGAUGGUGGAACGGCUUCGAGCCCAUCUGAGUCCUUCCUCCAUGUAUUUGCAGACUCGAUUGGUGUUGUGAUGGACAAAGAGGUUCAAUACUUUGAAGAUUUCAGGAGAAGUAUUGCCGCUCGGCACAAGAAUACGCAAACAAACCACGACAGUCAUUCCCCCAAUCUGGAACUUCGGCUGGAGAAAGAAAUUGCGCUUCUCGAAGAGAUCAAAGAUAUACGUGACGAGCUAAACAUUCUUCGGAGCAUUUGUACUGAUCAAGAUGUUGUGCUGAAGACACUCUCCAAAUUAGCCACUAGGGGGAAGGAUUCCAAGGCAAAGGGGGUUGUCGCAAAUGAUCGGAUACUCGACUAUUACCGACAACGGAGCAACAUCGACACGCGAAUUGCGCGGAUCAAAAAGAUGCAACAAGAUGUUCGGACGGCAUACGAUGCUAUGAAUCAUCUAUUGGAUCUCAAGCAGAAGGAUGCAAACAUCCUCGAAGCUGCCGAAGCACGCAAGCAAGCAGAGGCGACGACCAAACAGGGUAGAACAAUCAUGGUCUUCACCAUCGUCACAAUUAUAUUCGUGAGACAUCUACCUGGCACCCGCUCUCCAAGUACACAUCCAGUUGGGACGACCGCUGCUCUCGCUGUUCCGUUGAUUAUCAUGGCCUUUAAAAUCAAUGAAGUCCUGGAUUUCUUUGAGAAGCGACGUCGAAAUGAAGGUGGCAACAACCACAACAACCACAAUAAGCACAAUAGCAAGCACAGCAAGGGCAAUAACAAGGGCAAUAGCAAGGAAAACAAGCAACGGGUCCAGGUCGCAGAGAAACAAACCAAUUCACACGGCCGAUAUAAUUCUCGUGUCGACCAAUUUUUCAGGCCCAAGAUGGUGGUUCCCGAAUCAGACAUAGAACAGGGGUUGGCAAACGGCGGCGAGAGGGUUUCCACGGAAGGGGGCAAGAAGUCUGGUUGA